AUGUUUGACCAACUGCCAGACGACAUUGUCUUGGAGAUUGUCUCCCACUUGAGAACCGCCCGCGAUGUAGCCCACCUCGCCUCGUCGUGUAAGCACCUCCAUCUCCUCCUCAGCGAGGAUGGUUGGCGCACCUUUGUCAGGACCUGCUUUCCCCUCCUGUCCCUCCCGCUGGGCAAGGCCCCGAGAUGGGAUGUCCUGGCAAACACACUCACCCGCCAGGCGCGGGCCUGGGACACAAAGGCCUUCCAGCCCAUUGCCUACACGGAUGACCACUGCCGGGAUGGCAACUACUUCACCGGUUACACCAACGCCGGGCGUCCCUUCCAUCCUGUCAUCGACGCCCGCCUAGUCUUCGACAACACCUGGGAGCUCGUGUCGUGGGGCGCGGGCGAGGAUGUCGUCGGCCGCUUUAGGCCCCUCAACAGCGGCGGGCGUGGGGAAUCCGACGCCUGGUUCCGCAUGGAGGGUAAGGCUAAGGGCUACCGUGCGGGAGUGGGCGACGUCACGGCCAUCCGCCUCGUCGAGCCGGAGGGGAAGCUAGGUCUUCUUGUCGGCAGGGCCAACGGCGACUUGCAGCUCGUGUCGGCGGCCCCGGGCAGCGCCGGCAGAGCCCUCGCGACCUACAGAAUCCCGGCGCCCAUGGGAGGUCUUGAGGCGACGACGUGGACGUCUAUCGGAUCAAUAGACACACUACCCAACCAGUCGUCUCUGGUUGCCGGAAGCCGCGCCACCGUCAGCUUGUUCCCUCUGAACAUCGCUGGAGGAACGGGCAAGAUCACCCUCCCGCUGGACUCGCAGACAUUCGACGUUCCUGGCCAGAGAGGCACGACGCAGUUCGUUCACUCUACCAAGGCGCUCAAUAACGAUACCAUCGUCUGCGCGCUCUCUGGCGACGCCAACCCAAUCCGUUACCUCACCGUCACCCCCUCGGGCUUCACCCCUUCCCUUGCAUCCAAGAACCCGUCACUUCUGGCCUCCCGCGGCAUCGACCCGGACAGGAAACAGACGGUCCGCGCGAUUCACCCUGUCAACCCGGGCCCGGCGGGCCACUCCGACCUCCUUCUGAGCGCCUGGGACGACGGCACCGUCCGCCUUCUGGAUGUCCGCACGCCGUCACCCUACGACGUGCUUUACCGAGACAUGUACCAGCCCUUCGAGACGCACUCUUCCCUGCUGGCUUACGGCUCGGAUCGCUUCGUCGCGGGUAGCAACGAGCUCGAGGCCCUCAAAGUCUUCGAUUUCCGCUGGAGCAAGACGUACUACCACUCGGCCGCGCUGCCGUGCUGGUCCGGCAUGCCGUUCCCUGACCCCCUGCGAAGAAGUAGCAGUCGCCCGCUGAGCAUGCGCGGCGUUGGGUGCGACUACGCGAGGGGCCGGGACUGCGUGUGGCACGAGCGCUCGUGCAAGGACUACUACCGGCCCAACUGCCGGUUCCACGUGAUGCCGUUCCGUGACGCCGUGCGGUCGUCGACGAGCCGCAUCUUCUCGCUGGCCAAGGCGUCGGACGUGUCGGAGUCGUUCUAUGUCGGGCUCGCGGGCGCCGUGGCGGAGUUCUCGACGGCGCCCGGCGUCGCGGAGCGGCAGCAAGGGCAACAUGAGGACGUCGUCGCCCCCGGGGUGGUCUCCGCGGCGGAGAAGAGGGGUUGGAGGGCCAGGGCCUCGCAGUUCAGCUUCGCCGAGACCGGCGACGGGCUGCUGGACCCGGGCGUAUCGAUGAGCACGUUCAUGCCGGAUCUAGUGCAGCGGUUCGGGGACGAGGUCGGCGCGCCGCAGUUUCGGGAGUGGUGGGCCAAGACGCCGCCCAAGACGGCGGUGUGGCAUCGGUGGGACAAGAGCUUUUGGCGGCCGACGCACUUUAUGUAA